AUGGCGACCAAACAGAGCCUCGUGAGGCCUCACCUGCUCUCCAGCGAGCUGACCCUGCUGGACUACGCGGGAGAUGACUCACGCGACAUCGUAACAUUCUCCGAGAAGGAGGCGCUGGUGCUGCAGCUGGCCGGCCAGAUCCAGGAACAGCAGCUGGAAAAAGCAUUGCUAGAGCAAGAUCCGGAAUCGCUAGCGGGUGACAAUGUCGAAGAAGCACUUGCGAUCGCGGAACGCGAGUUGCUCGAGUCGCGCGCUACCUACACCGUCAGGAGGAAAGCCGCUCGCACCAUCCUCAUGACGGACCCCAUUCUGAAAGCAGUCCACCUGAAAGCCACCACCCCCCUGAACGCCCUGCUCCGCCUAGUCAACCGGCGCGAUGUGCUCGCCCUCGCGCAGGAGAACCUAGCCUCGGCUCGUGAACUGGUGCUGAAACAGCUAUCUGACGCAGAGGUCGAAAAUCUACAGCUAAACCGGGAGAAUCAAGAGCUCGUGCGUGAGCUCCUCGAGCUCACUAAGCAAGAUUCCUCCUGGCGCGAGCGGCUCCAGGACGCGGAUCUCGCAUCGCAGCUGGAUCGGCUCGAUGCAGAGCUCAAGAGGAACAGGGCGAAAUGGGAAAUUAUGAAGAACAUUGCUAGCGCCAUGGUGGUCGGCAGCGGGCUUGAUUGGGCCAAUGACGACACGCUUCGUGGAUUAGUGCUAGAUGAAAGUGAUGACUGA